AUGUCUGCAGCAGAAUAUUACGGUGGUCACUCCAACCAACACCAACACUCCCACUACGCCGCACCUCAACAGCAGCAAUACGCAUCAUCUCACGGCACACCCUACUCGGGCUAUGCUGCUCCCACCCAGCAGCACUACGCAUCGGGGCCUUCACAAUCAUACGAUGACCGCCAGCCAGGGCAAGCGCAGGACGGCGAGAAGGGCCUGAUGGCCACGGUAAUCGGCGGUGGUGCUGGUGGCGCCAUCGGGCACAAAAUGAGCCACGGGAGCAAGCUGAAGACGCUCCUGGGAGGCGCCGCGGGUGCCGCGGUGGCCAAUGCGAUUGAGCACAAGAUCAAGGGCAAGAAACAGCCCAGCCACGGCCACCACCACGGUCACGGGCAUCACCAUGCGCCGCCUCCCCAACACCACGGACAUCAUGGACACGGCGGCUCUUUCGCGGGGCUUCUGCCUGCUAGCUCGAACCACGGUGGCUCCAUGGGUGGCCUUGGUGGGCUGCUUGGAGGAAAGCAGCACCAUGGGCCACCGUCACACCACUCCGGACACCAUGGUCACCACCACGGACAUCACGGGUGGUAG